UUUUAUUUUAGUUUAUUUUUUAUUAUUUUAUUUUACCUGCCCCCUUUAUUAGUGUUCAAGGGAGUGGAUAAGACCACUUAUAAUGGAGCAACGACUUAUUUAUUAUGGUUUUAUAACCAUCUUCAUCAUAAUCAUUCUCUUUGAAUUAAACUCAUCUUUAAGCAUUAUUUCACUACAAAAUACCUUCAAUACAGACUUUGAAACAGAUAAUAUACCCUUUCAUAAAGACUAUAGAACUUUAGUUAUCUAUUUUUUAGUUCUAUCUACAGCUUCUUUUAUUUUAUUCUUUCAUUCUUGGCUUCAGCAAUUAAAAUAUAAACAAGCAAAAUUAUUCACUCAUUCAACAUUUUCAAACUUUAACUAUUCUUGGUUAAAGUAUGAAUGGCACUUAUUUCAGUCCGUUACUUUUUCUUGUCUUGAUGUCAUCAAGGUGUCACUUCUUUUUGCCAUUAAUAUAUGGAUAUGGUUAAAUACAACUGUAAAUACUUACAAGGGUCUUGAAGAGCGUCAUCUUUAUUUACAAUCAUUAGCCAAUGGAUCAGCUCAGCUGGCAGUCAUCAACGUUGCCUUCGCUGUUAUGUUAGCAGCCAGAUUAUCCAUUAUUCAACGCUAUUUCUUUGGCUUUGAUCAGACCAUUCGUUGGCAUGCAUGGUUUGGUCGACUUGGAUGUUUACAAGCACUUUAUCACGCCACUUUUCAAAUUCAAUACAAGUACGAUCAAACUCAAUCAUUCGUGUCUACGUUGUCAUUCAACUUUCGUCAUGUAACAGGAACUUGCAUGUUAGUAGCCAUGAUCACCUUUAUAUUGGGUUCUCAUCCACUUGUGAGAUAUCUCUCUUAUCGUCUCUUUCGAAUCACUCACUUAGUUUCCUUUAUCAGUCUCAUCAUGCUGGGUUGCUUACAUCAUUGGUCCUUUUAUGUCUUUUACAUCAUUGUCCUCUUAUUUUGGGUGACAGAUCAAAUUGAACGUACUUACAAGGUAAAAGUAGGUUCCCUUGAGGCCUUACCAGCUAAUAUUAUUCGUUUAAGAUGUGAAUUACCUUAUGAUACAAGCCAGAUUCAAGCAGGACAAUUCGUUUUUAUUUCUUUUCAAUCGUCAUCGAUCGUGAAGGCAGUCAUCUUUUCACAUCCAUUUUCUAUUUGUCGUAUAGAUGAAAACAAUCAAGCUACCUUUUAUAUCAGAGCGAAUGGGAGGGAUACUAAGGGGGUCUAUCGGAUAGCUGAACGAUCCUCGUCUCAAAGGGAGACGCCAUUCCUAUUAAGAAUAAGUAAGCCGGUUGGAAGAGGUUAUGUGAGAUAUCCUGGAUCUGGAUUUAGUGACUACAAGACAGUUGUCUUGGUCGCUGAAGGUAUGGGCAUAACACCAUGGAUCUCGUUGAUGCACUACCUUGAACGAAAGAGGCAUGCUAUAAAGACAAGAUCGGUUCAUGUCAUCUGGAGUAUUCAUAGUAUAGAUACAUUUUACGCAUUUGAACAAGAGUUUGAAUAUCUAGUGACAUCACUUCAAAUUGAUUUUCAUAUGGAAGUAUACAUCACAGGACCUUUUGAUCCAGAAGAAAAUGUGAGUAUACCUGAUAACUUGACCUCUAUACGAUUUAUUGCCUCUUGUAGACCUCAUUACCAUCAACUCUUUAAACAUAUUGAUGAAAACAAUCAAUCUAAUAUUGCACUCGGUAUAUGUGCUCAUGAAGAAAGUAUCGUAAAAGCAAGCAAUCUUGCACUUGGCCUUUCAUGGGCCAUCCGAAAAGAAAGAUUUGAAUUAUAACACCUUAAAAAAAAACUUUUAUUUAUUAAACAUUCCCUUUUUUUUCUUUAAGAAAAAGAAAGCUUCUUCAAGAUCAUGACAUGA